UUGCGUGUCAUACUAUCACAAUUGUCAUUCAAAGAAGCUGCACGUACAAGCGUUGUGUCCAGGAAGUGGAAACGGCUUUGGAGAUGCUACCCAAAGCUGGUCUUGACCGGAGAUAUGAUGCUUGGCAGCAGCAGCAAUGCUGCAGGAGACCACCCAACAUCGAAUAAAACAACAUUUAUCAGGCGUGCCAACAGUAUCGUGCGGCAGCUAUCAUCACCAUCAGCUACGCUCAACAAGUUCAUAGUGAAAUUUCCCCUCCUCCAAAGCGACGCAGAUCACAUCGACAGAUGGGUCAGCUUGUCAGCAUCAUCAAGAGCAAGGCGAAUUGUUCUUGAUCUGUGCCCAGAACUCGAGAAGUUCGGUGACAAAGACCAAAUGUACAGCUUCCCUCUUCAUCUUUUCAGUGUUGGUGGUAGUAAUUCUUGCGUCAAGUCUCUCUGCCUAGGCUUUGUCUCCCUGAAUCUGCUUCAUCAGCUGUCUCCUGCUGGUAAUACCAAUCGCUUGACAAUCCUGAAGAAGCUUACCCUGCACAAGGUGUCCAUUGCUGGUGAUCUUCAGAGCUUGCUCCUGGAGUGCGAUGUUCUCGAGUGGUUAAGCCUCACCUUCUGCUCCCUGCAACACCGUGAUCUGGUCAUCCAACACCAGCAGCCACUGCAGCGUCUGCGGCAUCUGCGUGUGCUGCACUGCAGGCUGCAGAAGCUGGAGCUGCAGGCUCCGAAUCUGACUGAGUUUGAGUUUGCUAACCACCAGGUGCCUUUGGUGCUUGGUGAUUGCGUCAACAUGUCGAUGGCGUCGGUUGGGCUGUUGCUGCCGUCGGAUGGCUUCGACUACGCCUGCACCAAGCUUCCGUUUGCUCUUCCUCAUGUUUGUGACCGUCUCACUCUAAGCAUGGCGAUCAGAACUGAGGUACGUUUGUGCUGCACAUCUUAAUUAAUUUCAUGGUACAAAUACUACCUUCAAAUUAUAAGAACCAAUAUUAGUAUUACAAAUCUAGUUAGGAGACUAUAUCCAGAUUCAUAGCACUGGCAUGUGUCUUGUCCCAUACUAGAUUACUAUAUCAUGGUACGAAGGGAUCGAACAGUUGACAACUUUUAUGAUGAUCUUUACUGGUUCAGUAGAAACAAUAUGGAUUGUCGAUUUGUGAUAAUAUAUUGUUUUACAAUCUCCUUGGUUUCUUAGAAACAAACACCACCUAUGAUUUCCGCGUAAUUUUCACACUAGUUUGAAUGCAUGCAGAUGUACUGUGCGAAUACGCCAUUCUACACCUCCGAUCUGGAUGCGGCGGCGACAACGCCGGCGGCUCGUCUCCACGAGCGGCUCAGGACCGUCUACAUGACCGGGUUCUACGGCAUCCGUGGCCAGCUAGAGCUGGCGCACCGGAUACUCCGGAGCACGGUCGCUCUCGACCGUCUGAUCAUCGAUCCGACGCGCAAGGUUGACCACGAUUUCAGAAACCAGGCCUACGCAGGCAUGGGAAGGACCAUGGCUACACUGUAUUAACAAAGCCCAGUUCCCUGGCACUGUGAUUACUAUUCUGUAGCAGAAACUCACAAGGAAAAUCAUAUAUAAUUUUUAUUUGUUUAUUUAUCUUUUGUUAUUAGUCUCAGAUCUCUGUUUGUGUUAUUUGGCAUGAAAUCUAUUCUGUAGUAGGAACUCACAAGGAAAAUCAUAUGUAGUUUUUAUUUGUUUGUUUAUUUAUUUAUCGUUUCUGUUAUUAGUCUCAAAUCUCUCUUCAUGUUAUUUGGCAUGAAAUCUCUGCUGCAUUUUGAUGGUUGUAGCAAGUGGAGGUGGAUGUUAUGUUAACAGAUUUGGUGGUUUGGUGAUAGGUUGAUUUUGUGUAUAUAUUUCGAGCAAGGUGAUUGUAUGAUGGAAAAAAAAAGCUUUUAUUUUCCUUUUCUUAGCUUUACUGGAGACGAAUGAUGGAACACGGAUUAUGGAUUAUUUUCGAUUGUCUAAUAAUGUCGCCCACAAUAUUUUCGGUCGACUAAUUAUAGAAGGGAAAAAUGAACACUUGAUGAUGUUCAUGCUUCAUCCGUUUUGUUUAAGCUGAAAUUUUGAUCCUUAAGCAUUUUUUUUCACCUAUGCACAAGUGCGGAUAGACUGAAAUUAUUCAACAAGAUGUUCUUGGUAUAGGAAACAAUCAAAUCUCUGGAGAACUAUCAAGGACGACGGUUUCAAACCCUUUAUUUUUCAUUGCAAAUCAUAUUAGGCACUCGAUACCCAACAAUAUAACUGUACACAUGAAACCUGCAGAUUCAUGGGAGGGAAGCUUUCCAGUCCUAGCUUUAUUUCUAAGUCCCUCACAUGAACCUCAGCA